CCGUAGACGAGUCGCUCUUUUGCUCUUCUCCUGUCACUCCCUUCAUUUUCCGUUAAUAUUAAUAUUUAUUGGUGGUGGGAACACCUACCAUGGCUCGGGCACUCACUCUCUUGUCGCUCGGCUCUGUGCUUAGCUCUCUUGUUCGCGCUGCAGACAACGGCACUUUUGAUUAUGACGUCUUGCAAUAUAUCGAUCCUUUGAUUGGGACUGCCAAUGGAGGUGAUGUUUUCCCUGGCGCGUCUCUGCCCUACGGCAUGGCCAAAGCGGUCGCCGAUACCAAUUCUCAAUCCAACCAGGGUGGUUUCACCCUCGACGGUUAUAAUAUCACCGGCUUUUCGACUCUCCAUGACUCCGGCACUGGUGGUAGUCCUUCACUGGGCAAUUUCGCUCUCUUCCCAUACGCAAGCUGCGAAGGAGAUCAUAUUGAUGGGUGUAAAUACCCCAAAUUGGAGAGACCUGUCUCGUUUGACAACUCUUCUAUCAAGGCUUCUCCAGGAUAUUUCGCUGUCAACUUGACUACUGGCAUCGCGGUCGACAUGACUACCACUCAACACACUUCCCUUUUCCGUUUUCAAUUCCCGGCUGGGAGCUCUUCUGCCAGCCCGCUCAUUCUCAUGGACUUGACUGAUCUCUCAGACUCGCGUCAAGAUAACGCCACUAUCGAUGUCGAUGAGUCUACUGGUCGCAUGACCGGUUCAGGUAUCUUCCUGCCCAGUUUCGGAUCCGGCAAAUAUACGGCCUACUUUUGUGCCGAUUUCAAGAGUCCCUCGGGCAUUCGUGAUAAUGGUAUCUUUGUCAACUCCCGUGCCACUUCCGAUGCCAAAUCACUUAAGAUCUCUCGCAGCAUUAAUGGAUAUCCUCUGCCUGGUGGUGCAUGGGUACGAUUCAAGCCUGCAGAAGACACCUCGGUUCUUGCACGUGUCGGUGUGAGCUUCAUCAGCGAGAAGCAGGCCUGUUCAAAUGCCGAGACUGAAAUUCCCGACUUCGAUUUUGACGCGACUCACUCGACAGCAGUGAGCUUGUGGCAGGAGAAACUUAGCCCUAUCCGGGUUUCUCGCAAGGGUGUCAAUGACUCGAUCCUCACCAACUUCUACAGUGGUAUCUACCGAACGCAAAUCCAACCUCAGGAUUAUACUGGUGAAAACCCGCUGUGGGAGAGUUCUGAACCAUAUUUUGAUUCCUUCUAUUGUAUUUGGGACUUGUUCCGUUCUCAGCUUCCUUUUUUGACUUUGGUGGAUCCUCAAACGGUCGCGAGAAUCAUCCGAUCCCUGGUCGACACACAGCAACAUCUCGGCUGGCUACCUGACUGCCGUAUGUCGUUGUGCAAAGGCUUCACUCAAGGUGGAUCGAAUGCAGAUAAUGUCAUUGCGGAUGCGUACGUCAAGGGUAUUAGAGAUGGUAUUGACUGGGAUGCUGCGUAUGCAGCUGUACAGAAAGAUGCUGAAGAGGAGCCUUACGACUGGUCUAAUGAGGGCCGCGGCGGUCUACAAAGCUGGAAGUCUUUGAACUAUAUCCCCGUUCAGGAUCUGGACUAUAUUGGUUUCGGUACCAUGACCCGCAGCAUUUCUCGCACGCUUGAAUACAGCUACAACGACUAUGCUAUCUCGCAGAUAGCUAGUGGUCUUAACAAGACGAGUGAUGCUGAGAAAUAUCAAAAGACAUCUGGAUACUGGCAGAACCUUUUCAAAGACGACCAGAAGGCAUAUAUUAAUGGCACCGACACAGGCUUUACUGGAUUUUUCCAACCUAAGUAUUUGAACCAAACUUGGGGAUACCAGGAUCCUCUCAAGUGUUCUAACAUUGAUAACAGUGGAAGCAUUUGCUCAUUGCAAAACUCCGCUGCUGAAACCUUCGAGUCUAGCAUUUUUGAAUAUCAAUUCUUCGUUCCCCAUGACAUGGCAACGCUGAUUACUCUUCUUGGCGGCCCAUCCAGCUUUGUCAAACGCCUUGACUAUAUGCAUGAUCAGCAAAUUACCUACAUUGGGAACGAGCCUGCAUUCCUUACUGUCUAUCAGUACCACUAUGCGGGUCGCCCCGCCAAAUCGGCUAGUCGCGCCCAUUUCUAUAUCCCAGAGUACUUCUCUACCACACCUGCCGGACUCCCUGGCAACGACGACUCUGGCACCAUGGGUGCAUUUGUGGCUAUGUCUAUGAUGGGUCUCUUCCCCAACCCGGCUCAAGAUGUGUAUUUCAUCAUCCCGCCUUUCUUCGAGUCGGUCCAAUACACUUCCCCUCUGACGAACAAGACCUCCACUAUCAAGUCCGUCAACUUCGACUCCUCGUACAAGAAUAUCUUCAUCCAGUCCGCGACUCUAAAUGGCAAGCCGUACACCAAGAACUGGAUUGGCCAUAGCUUCUUCACUGAGGGUCAAGAACUUAUUCUUACCCUGGGCCGUAAUGAGAGCAGCUGGGGGACACACGCUGCUGAUCUCCCUCCGUCGGUGUCUACUUAGGUCUCAAGCUUAGGCAGGGUUACCUUCAAAUUCAAGUUGAUAGUAAACCCUCAAUGAGGAUGUGGGAUUGGG